GUUUCCAAACCUGGGGUUAAAAGCUUCUUUAAUGGCACUCUGCCUCUGAAGAACACUGCAACUCCGCUCUCUCUCCAAAGCGAGGACGAUGGGAUCCACGCAUUUGCCCAUCGUUGGGCUCAAUGCCUCCACAACGCCAUCGCUGUCCACUCUUCGCCAGAUCAAUUCAGCCGGUGCCGCAUUCCAGUCCCCCUCCCCUUCAAGGUCGUCCAAGAAGAAAAGCCGCCGUGUGAAGUCAAUAAGGGAUGAUGGCGACGGAAGCGUGUCAGACCCUGCAGGGCAUAACAAGUCUAUUCGCCAAGGUCUCGCUGGCAUCAUCGACCUCCCAAAGGAAGGCACAUCAGUUCCGGAAGUGGACAUUUCACAUGUGUCUGAAGACCACAUGGGCUCCUACCAAAUGAAUGGGAUACUGAAUGAAUCACAUAACGGGAGACACGCUUCGCUGUCUAAGGUUGUUGAAUUUUGUAUGGCAUUGGGUGGAAAGACACCAAUUCACAGUGUAUUAGUCGCCAACAAUGGAAUGGCAGCAGCUAAGUUCAUGCGGAGUGUCCGGAUAUGGGCUAAUGAUACAUUUGGGUCAGAGAAGGCGAUUCAGUUGAUAGCUAUGGCAACUCCGGAAGACAUGAGAAUAAAUGCAGAGCAUAUUAGAAUUGCUGAUCAGUUUGUUGAAGUACCUGGUGGAACAAACAAUAACAACUAUGCAAAUGUCCAACUCAUAGUGGAGAUAGCAGAGAGAACAGGUGUUUCGGCCGUUUGGCCUGGUUGGGGCCAUGCAUCUGAGAAUCCUGAACUUCCAGAUGCACUCACUGCAAAAGGAAUUGUUUUUCUCGGGCCACCAGCAUCAUCAAUGAACGCAUUAGGUGACAAGGUUGGUUCAGCUCUCAUCGCUCAAGCAGCAGGGGUUCCGACUCUUGCUUGGAGUGGAUCACAUGUGGAAAUUCCAUUAGAACUUUGCUUGGACUCGAUACCUGAGGAGAUGUAUAGGAAAGCUUGUGUUACUACCGCGGAUGAAGCAGUUGCAAGUUGUCAGAUGAUUGGUUAUCCUGCCAUGAUCAAGGCAUCCUGGGGUGGUGGUGGUAAAGGGAUUAGAAAGGUUAAUAAUGAUGAUGAGGUUAAAGCACUGUUUAAGCAAGUACAGGGUGAAGUUCCUGGCUCCCCAAUAUUUAUCAUGAGACUUGCAUCUCAGAGUCGACAUCUUGAAGUCCAGCUGCUUUGUGAUCAAUAUGGCAAUGUAGCAGCACUUCACAGUCGUGAUUGCAGUGUGCAACGACGACACCAAAAGAUAAUUGAGGAAGGACCAGUUACUGUUGCUCCCCGUGAGACAGUGAAGGAGCUAGAGCAAGCAGCAAGGAGGCUUGCUAAGGCUGUGGGAUAUGUUGGUGCUGCUACUGUUGAAUAUCUCUACAGCAUGGAGACUGGUGAAUACUAUUUUCUGGAGCUUAAUCCACGGUUGCAGGUUGAGCACCCAGUCACUGAGUGGAUAGCUGAAGUAAAUUUGCCUGCAGCUCAAGUUGCAGUUGGAAUGGGUAUACCCCUUUGGCAGGUUCCAGAGAUCAGACGUUUCUACGGAAUGGACAAUGGAGGUGGCUAUGACAUUUGGAGGAAAACAGCAGCUCUUGCUACUCCAUUCAACUUUGAUGAAGUAGAUUCUCAAUGGCCGAAGGGUCAUUGUGUUGCAGUUAGGAUAACUAGUGAGAAUCCUGAUGAUGGAUUCAAGCCUACUGGUGGAAAAGUUAAGGAGAUAAGUUUUAAAAGUAAGCCGAAUGUCUGGGGAUAUUUCUCAGUUAAGUCUGGUGGAGGCAUUCAUGAAUUUGCAGAUUCUCAGUUUGGACAUGUUUUUGCCUAUGGAGUGACUAGAUCAGCAGCAAUAACCAGCAUGUCUCUUGCAUUAAAAGAGAUUCAAAUCCGCGGAGAAAUUCAUUCAAACGUUGAUUACACGGUUGAUCUCUUGAACGCCCCAGACUUCAGAGAAAACACAAUCCAUACCGGCUGGCUGGAUACCAGAAUAGCUAUGCGUGUUCAAGCUGAGAGGCCUCCCUGGUACAUUUCAGUGGUUGGAGGAGCUCUAUAUAAAACAAUAACCACCAACGCGGAGACUGUUUCUGAAUAUGUCAGCUAUCUCAUCAAGGGUCAGAUUCCACCAAAGCAUAUAUCCCUUGUGCAUUCAACUAUUUCUUUGAAUAUAGAGGAAAUCAAAUAUACAAUUGAGAUUGUGAGGAGUGGACAGGGUAGCUACAGAUUGAGAAUGAAUGGAUCGCUUAUUGAAGCAAAUGUACAAACAUUAUGUGAUGGUGGCCUUCUAAUGCAGCUGGAUGGAAACAGCCAUGUUAUUUAUGCUGAAGAAGAAGCAGGUGGUACACGGCUUCUUAUUGAUGGAAAGACAUGCUUGUUACAGAAUGAUCAUGAUCCGUCAAGGUUAUUAGCUGAAACACCCUGCAAACUUCUUCGUUUCUUGAUUGCCGAUGGUGCUCAUGUCGAUGCUGAUGUACCAUAUGCGGAAGUUGAGGUUAUGAAGAUGUGCAUGCCCCUCUUGUCACCUGCUGCUGGUGUCAUUAAUGUUUUGUUGUCUGAGGGCCAGGCGAUGCAGGCUGGUGAUCUUAUAGCGAGACUUGAUCUCGAUGACCCUUCUGCUGUGAAGAGAGCCGAACCAUUCGAAGGAUCUUUUCCAGAAAUUAGCCUUCCUAUUGCUGCUUCUGGCCAAGUUCACAAAAAAUGUGCUGCAAGUUUGAAUGCUGCUCGAAUGGUCCUUGCAGGAUAUGAGCAUGCGAUCAACAAAGUUGUACAAGAUUUGCUAUGGUGCCUAGAUACAACUGAGCUUCCUUUCCUACAAUGGGAAGAGCUUAUGUCUGUUUUGGCAACUAGACUUCCAAGACGUCUUAAGAGUGAGUUGGAGCGUAAAUACGAUGAAUUUAAGUUGAAUAUUGACCAUAUGAAGAUCAAGGAUUUCCCCACCGAGAUGCUUAGAGAGACAAUCAAGGAAAAUCUUGCAUAUGUUUCUGAGAAUGAAAUGGCGACAAUUGAAAGGCUUGUUGAGCCUCUGAUGAGCCUACUGAAGUCAUAUGAGGGUGGGAAAGAAAGCCAUGCCCACUUUAUUGUCAAGUCCCUUUUCGAGGAGUAUCUCUUGGUUGAGGAACUAUUCAGUGAUGGCAUUCAGUCUGACGUGAUUGAACGACUACGCCUACAAUAUAGUAAAGACCUUCAGAAGGUUGUAGACAUUGUUUUGUCUCACCAGGGUGUGAGAAACAAAACUAAGCUGGUACUCACGCUCAUGGAGAAACUGGUUUAUCCAAAUCCUGCUGCCUACAGGGAUCAGUUGAUUCGCUUUGCUUCCCUCAACCAUAAAAGAUAUUAUAAGUUGGCCCUUAAAGCUAGUGAACUUCUUGAACAAACCAAGCUCAGUGAACUCCGCACAAGCAUUGCAAGGAACCUUUCAGCUCUGGAGAUGUUUACUGAGGAAAGGGCAGGUUUCUCCUUGCAAGCCAGAAAAUUGGCCAUUGAUGAGAGCAUGGUAGAUUUAGUCACUGCCCCACUGCCAGUUGAAGAUGCACUUAUUUCCUUGUUUGAUUGUAGUGAUCAAACUCUCCAGCAGAGAGUGAUUGAGACAUACAUAUCUCGAUUAUACCAGCCUCAACUUGUGAAGGAUAGUAUCCAGCUGAAAUAUCAGGAUUCUGGUGUUACUGCUUUAUGGGAAUUCACCCAAGGGCAUCCUGAGAAGAGAUUGGGUGCUAUGGUUAUCCUGAAGUCGCUUGAAUCUGUGUCAACAGCCAUUGGAGCUGCUCUAAAGGAUACAUCGCAUUAUGCAAGCUCAGCGGGUAACACGAUGCACAUUGCUUUGUUGGGUGAUACUCAAAUGAAUACAACUGAAGAUAGUGGUGAUAAUGACCGAGCUCAAGACAGGAUAGACCAACUUUCUUUGAUACUGAAACAAGAUAUCGUCACGGCUGAUCUAUGUGCUGCUGGUGUCAAGGUUAUUAGUUGCAUCGUCCAAAGAGAUGGAGCACUCAUGCCCAUGCGCCGUACCUUCCUCCUGUCAGAUGAAAAGCUUGGUUAUGAGGAAGAGCCAAUUCUCCGGCAUGUGGAGCCUCCACUUUCUUCACUUCUUGAGUUGGAUAAACUGAAAGUGAAAGGAUACAAUGAGAUGAAGUAUACACCGUCACGUGAUCGGCAGUGGCAUAUAUACACACUUAGAAAUACUGAAAACCCCAAAAUGUUGCACAGAGUAUUUUUCCGUACUCUUGUCAGACAACCCAGUGCUGGCAACAGGUUUACAUCAGGCCAUAUCAGUGAUGUUGAAGGGGGAUGUGCUGAGGAAUCUCUUUCAUUUACGUCUAGCAGCAUAAUGAAAUCGCUGAUGACUGCUAUAGAAGAACUGGAGCUUCACGCGAUCAGGACUGGCCAUUCUCAUAUGUACUUGUGCAUAUUGAAGGAGCAAAAGCUUCUUGACCUUAUUCCCGUUUCAGGGAGCACUGUUGUGGAUGUUGGUCAGGAUGAAGCUACUGCAUGCUCUCUUUUGAAAGAAAUGGCUCUAAAGAUACAUGAACUUGUUGGUGCAAGAAUGCAUCAUCUUUCUGUAUGUCAGUGGGAAGUGAAACUUAAGUUGGAUAGCGAUGGACCUGCCAGUGGUAGCUGGAGAGUUGUAACAACCAAUGUCACUCCUCACACCUGCACUGUGGAUAUCUACCGGGAGGUUGAAGAUACAGAAUCACAGAAACUAGUAUACCACUCUGCCUCAUCGUCAUCUGGUCCUUUGCAUGGUGUCGCACUGAGUAAUUCGUAUCAGCCUUUGAGCAUUAUUGAUCUAAAACGAUGCUCUGCCAGGGCCAACAGAACUACAUACUGCUACGAUUUUCCAUUGGCAUUUGAAACUGCAGUGAGGAAGUCAUGGUCUAACAUUCCUAGAAACAACCAAUGUUAUGUUAAAGCGACAGAGCUGGUGUUUGCUGAGAAGAAUGGGUCGUGGGGCACUCCUAUAAUUCCUAUGCAGCGUGCUGCUGGGCUCAAUGACAUCGGUAUGGUAGCCUGGAUCUUGGACAUGUCCACUCCCGAAUUUCCCAGUGGCAGACAGAUUAUUGUUGUCGCAAAUGAUAUUACUUUUAGAGCUGGAUCAUUUGGCCCAAGGGAAGAUGCAUUUUUUGAAGCUGUUACCAACCUGGCUUGUGAGAGAAAGCUUCCUCUUAUCUAUUUGGCUGCAAACUCUGGUGCUCGGAUUGGCAUUGCCGAUGAAGUUAAAUCUAUCUUCCGUGUUAAAUGGAUUGAUGAUAGCAACCCUGAACGUGGAUUUGAUUACGUUUAUCUGUCUGAAGAAGACUAUGGCCGUAUUAGCUCUUCUGUUAUAGCGCACAAGACACAGCUAGAUAGUGGCGAAAUAAGGUGGGUUAUCGAUUCUGUUGUGGGCAAGGAGGAUGGACUAGGUGUGGAGAACAUACAUGGAAGUGCUGCUAUUGCCAGUGCGUAUUCUAGGGCAUAUGAGGAGACAUUUACACUUACAUUUGUGACUGGACGAACUGUUGGAAUAGGAGCAUAUCUUGCUCGACUUGGCAUACGGUGCAUACAGCGUGAAGAUCAGCCCAUUAUCUUAACUGGGUAUUCUGCCCUGAACAAGCUUCUUGGGCGGGAAGUGUACAGCUCUCACAUGCAGUUGGGUGGUCCCAAAAUCAUGGCGACUAAUGGUAUUGACCAUCUGACUGUUCGAGAUGACCUUGAAGGUGUUUCUAAUAUAUUGAGGUGGCUCAGCUAUGUUCCUGCUAACAUUGGUGGACCUCUUCCUAUUACAAAACCUUUGGAUCCAAUAGACAGACCUGUUGCAUACAUUCCUGAGAAUACAUGUGAUCCUCGUGCAGCCAUAAGUGGCAUUGAUGACAGCCAAGGGAAAUGGCUGGGUGGUAUGUUUGACAAAGACAGUUUUGUGGAGACAUUUGGAGGAUGGGCGAAGACAGUAGUUACUGGCAGAGCAAAACUUGGAGGGAUUCCUGUGGGUGUUAUAGCUGUGGAGACACAGACCAUGAUGCAGCUCGUCCCAGCUGAUCCAGGACAGCCUGAUUCCCAUGAGCGGUCUGUUCCUCGUGCUGGGCAAGUCUGGUUUCCAGAUUCUGCUACCAAGACAGCGCAGGCAAUGUUGGACUUCAACCGUGAAGGGUUACCUCUGUUCAUCCUUGCUAACUGGAGAGGCUUCUCUGGUGGGCAAAGAGACCUUUUUGAAGGAAUUCUGCAGGCUGGAUCAACAAUUGUUGAGAACCUUAGGACAUAUAAUCAGCCUGCCUUCGUAUAUAUCCCCAAGGCUGCAGAGCUACGUGGAGGUGCUUGGGUCGUGAUUGGUAGCAAGAUAAAUCCAGAUCGCAUUGAGUGCUAUGCUGAGACAACUGCAAAAGGGAAUGUUCUCGAGCCUCAAGGGUUGAUUGAGAUCAAGUUCAGGUCAGAGGAACUCCAAGAAUGCAUGGGUAGGCUUGAUCCAGAAUUGAUAAAUCUGAAAGCACAACUCCAGGGAGCAAAGCAUGAAAAUGGAAGUCUAUCUGAUGGAGAAUCCAUUCAGAAGAGCAUAGAAGCUCGAAAGAAACAGUUGCUGCCUUUGUACACUCAAAUCGCGAUACGGUUUGCUGAAUUGCAUGAUACUUCCCUCAGAAUGCUUGCUAAAGGUGUGAUUAGGAAAAUUGUAGAUUGGGAAGAAUCUCGGUCUUUCUUCUACAAGAGAUUACGGCGGAGGAUAUCUGAGGACGUUCUUGCAAAAGAAAUAAGAAGUGUAAUUGGUGUCGAGUCUUCUCACAAAUCAGCAAUGGAGUUGAUCAAGAAGUGGUACAUGGCUUCUGAGACAGCUGGAGGAAGCACUGAAUGGGAUGAUGACGAUGCUUUUGUUGCCUGGAGGGAGAACCCUGAAAACUACAAGGAGCAUAUCAAAGAGCUUAGGGCUCAAAGGGUAUCUCAGGUGCUCUCAGAUGUUGCAGACUCCAGUUCGGAUUUACAAGCCUUGCCACAGGGUCUUUCCAUGCUACUAGAAAAGAUGGAUCCCUCUAGGAGAGCAGAGUUUAUUGAGGAGGUCAAGAAGGUCCUCAAAUGAUCAAAUGAUACCAACACAUCCAACACAGAAUGUGCAUGAUAUCUGUUUCUCUUGAAGUACAUAUAUAGAAGGAUACAAGGCGGCUGUAACCGAUCGUAGCCAAUCUGGGCCAACCAUUAUUUUUGUGAACUUGUUGGUGGUCUUGCUUUCGCGACCCCCUCCAGCUGGUUGAGGAGUGUAAGUGGAUGUGUUAGUUCUGCUGCCACAUGAUUUGAGAAGAAUAGGGGCAGCGGGUUACCUGCCAUUGGCAAGAACACUGGUGAUCUUUCUUGGGUGCUUUAGUUCUGUGAUGUACUAUGGCCUGUUCGAUGCUGUAACUCUAGUCUUGAAGUGUUAUUCAGAUGUCCAUUCAAUUUUGAACUUGAAUAAUGUGUUUUGUAGGCUUAUGUGUACCUGUACGUGGAAUAAAUGUCCGUUGAGCUAGCAUUCAACAUGGACAUCUGCUCGGAUUGUAAUCUAUGUUAGAAUUCUGAUCUUUUAUGUCUU